AUGUGUUGGAAAGUUGAAAUUCAAAGUACUAUCACUAACUCUUCCUUUCUCACAUUCAAAAACUCCAUGAAUGGUGGUGUAAGCACAAUGAAAUCAAUCAUGACAUUGUUAUUGUUUGUGUUGCUUAUAAUCCAUAUCGAUUUCGGAUGCUGCUUCUCUUUCUUGCGAUUCAGUGAUUCUCCUCAACUAUUUAAACAGGGAGAUCCAUUGAUUGUAAAAGUUGAUGAAUUAACCUCUACUGAUGCUCAGCUUCCUUAUGCAUACUAUUCUGUUCCUUUUUGUCGUCCGAAUCCUACGAAUGACUCUGCAGGACAUCUUGGUGUAUAUCUUAGCCAACAACUAAAAGACUCUCCUUAUGUGUUCAGGAUGCAGGAGCCACAGAUGUGCAGAGUAGUCUGUUGUAUCACUCUUGAUGAGUUAUCAGCAAAGUCAUUCCAAGAGAAAAUUUACGAGCUUUAUCAUGCUAACAUGGUUCUGGAUGGACUUCCUGUUGCUCUUCGUUAUAAACUUCUAACUGAGGAAGCUGAUAAUGAUUAUUAUCAGAUUGGAUACAAUUUAGGGCUCAUGGGGCGAUAUGCUGGUACCGUUGAUGACGAAAGUAUUAGGUACUUCAUUUACAAUCAUCUGGCUUUUACUGUCAAGUAUCAUAAAGAUGCUGCUACUGACUUUGUAAAGAUUGUGGGAUUUGAGGUCAAACCUUCUAGUGUUAAUCAUGAAAAGGAUAAGUUAGCAACUUGCAACAUUCCUAUGGAGGACUUGGAGGAGACAUAUUCGUCUGGUCCUCAACUAGUUCAAGAAAACGAAACAAUUGUGUUUACUUAUGAUGUCAUUUUCCAGGAAAGCAACGUUACAUGGGCGUCUAGAUGGAAUACUUAUCAUCAAACGCAGGCUGAUGAAAAACAGUUCUAUGUAACUAUCAAUUAUUUAGUGACACUUUUUUUAAUUUUAGGAGUAGUAGCCAUACUAAUAAUGCGUACAUACCAUGACAUCUCGAAGUACAAUGAAUCUGCUAUACUGGAGGAAACAGGAUGGAAACUAGUACACGCAGAUGUUUUCAGGCGACCAAUUUACUCUGAUUUACUCUGCAUCUUGGUUGGAACUGGAGUUCAGUGCUUUGGAACAAUGAUCACUGCUGUUUCUAUCCUUUCUGUCCCUGGAUUCAUCUUGCCUUCAGAUUGGGAUGAGGUUUGGAGAGUCAUUCUCUUCCUUUGGGUGUUGAUGGGCUAUUUUUCCGGCUAUUCAUCAGCUCGUCUUUACAAAAUGUUUGAAGGCACACAAUGGAGAAAGAUUGCUGCUAAGACCGCGUUCAUGCUGCCUGGACCAGUAGCUAUCAUUCUGUUCACCUUAAAUUUUAUCACCUAUAGACAGAAUUCAUCAAGUGCACUUCCACCUGAAGCAAUGUUUGUUCUAAUGCUCUUGUGGUUUGGAGUUUCGAUACCCCUUGUUUUCAUUGGAAGCUACUUUGGGUUCAGGACUGAAGCAAUCAAAGCUCCAGUUAGAACUAGUAAAAUUCCUCGAGAAAUUCCUAAACAACCAUUCUAUAAACAACCAAUCACUUCCCUCAUUGUAGGAGGACUUUUACCAUUUUCGGCUAUCUUCUAUGAGCUUUCGAAAAUUAUAAGCACUAUUUGGUUGUAUCAGAUUUACCACAUUCAGAGCUUCCAGUUCUUAGGCGUUCUUACUCUUUUGGCUACGUGUGGUGGGACUACCAUCGUGCUAUGCUACUUUCAUCUCUGUCGCGAGGACUACAGGUGGUGGUGGACUUCAUACUUAACAUCGGGUGUUUCAGGAGUUUACCUCUACCUGUAUGCUGCUUAUUUUCUUGCAGGAAAAUUGUAUGUAACAAAACCAGUUCCAGCGCUUCUCUUUCUCGGUCACAUGCUCAUUGGUUCGUUUGCAUUUUUUGUACUAACAGGAACUGUUGGUUUCUAUGCAUGUUUCUGUUUUACUAAACUCAUAUACUCAUCAUUGAAGAUAGAUUGAUUUGUAAGGCCAGAUCCACGGUACAUUCGUUUUACAGAUUUAAGAUGUUGUGUUGAUCAAUGCAAGCAUACAUAUGUCAUUGCAGACUCUUGGUGGUCUUGGCUUACUCUAGUUAAGCACUUGAGCUUAAUUUGUCAUAGCUGAAUUCUCUGUUCCAACUUCCGAGUA